GAGGAGUGGUUAGCGUUGACAACCCGGAAAUGAAGAGUGCUUUCACAUCUAGGUGACAAACGGUCGAUUUCAAGCAAAACAAUGGCUUCUACCAGAGGAGCCCAUCCCCCACCAGAGGGAGGUUCAGGUCCAGACCCUCAGACUCCUGUCUUGAGGAUCAACCAGCUGGAUGCCUUUGAGCUGGACUCUGCUCUGGACCAGCUGGUGUGGAACCAGUUCUCCCAGUGCUUCCAACACUUCCGCCCAGGCCUGCUCACCCCCGUGGAGCCUGAACUCAAGGCCCUGCUCCAGCUCCUUCUCUGGAGGUUCACAGUCUACCCCAACAGUGCUACGGUGGGCCAGUCUAUGAUGAACCUCUGUUACCACAACACGCUGUCACUAUCCCAGUGCUACAGGGCCCUGAGCAGGAGACAGAGGCUGGGCCUGGCCCUGCUGACAGUCGGCCCCCGCUGGCUGACGGAGCGAUCCCACAGCUUGCUCCUCUCCCUGGGGUUGGGGCUGGGCGGCAGUCCCCCGGCUGAUGGAGGUCUGCGUCUGGGACUGCGUCGAGUUCUUUCUCUUAUCACCGGCCUUACCCAGGUAGCCAAUCUGAUCAACUUCCUGGUGUUCCUGAGGAAGGGGCGCCACCCAUCUCUGACAGAAAGGAUCCUGGGUAUCCGUGCGGUGUUCACUAAGCCCCAGACGGUCCGGGAUGCAGCCUUCCAGUACAUGAAUAGAGAGCUGCUGUGGCACGGCUUCGCUGAGUUCCUCAUCUUCCUCCUCCCUCUAGUCAACAUGAGGAAGAUCAAGACAACCAUGUAUUCACUGCUCUACCCCCUAGGAGUGGGUGAGGGAGUGGAGGUGGGGGUGAGAGAGGGCUCAGCGGUGUGGAAGGAGUGUGGUCUGUGUGGGGAGUGGCCUACCAUGCCUCACAUGGUAGGUUGUGGUCAUGUGUUCUGUUACUACUGCGUCAAGAGUCACUCCAUCGCCGAUGCCUACCUGACAUGUCCUAAGUGUGGCGUGGAAGUCGGGGAGGCAAAGUCUGUCAAACUGCAGGUCGAGAUGACUGACGUCCACGCUAGCUGAUAACGUCACAUCCAGUCACGGGAACACACACAACACGUGUUUACUUGUAAAGUGAGCUUUUGGUGACACUCAAGGUCACAGUGAAUGGACUUCAAUACACAGUGUCUACAGAAAAAUUGACAUUUACACAUGCACACACACACACACAAACACGGACAGACAUUCAGAAAUACACACACACAAAGGKUCUCAGAGGGACCCUUUAACUGAGCAAAGUUUCUUUGCUUAAGAUACUCUGGGUGACGAUGGAAGAUGCACUGGAAAGACAAGAUGAUGAUGAGUGAGAUUCAGUCUGUUGUAUGAACAGACAGGGCCUGUCUGCCCAUGUAUAAUGUAUGUGAGCACACACACACUGACCAUCCUGCUCCUGUUGCCCUUCCAUUCCUACUGUUAGACUUUGGACUGGCCUGUUUGUUCACACAGCUCUGAGUGACUGUUGGAGAAACACAGAGCAUAUAUUUGAUGAAGAAAUGUGUUGAUUCUGCCCCAAAUUGGCCUUGUGCUGCUCUGUUCUGUUCAAAUGGGAAUAUUUGUUCUGAUGAAAAAUGCAAAAACAUGACUGACGGGACUAAUAAAUAAUGGAUGAUUUUCUGUUGCUCAUCACCGCUAACGAAAUUUGCAUCUGUUUGUAUUUGUGCCUAAAUCCUGUUCAUUAAAAUGUAGUCAAUUUAAUUAAUACCCAAA